AUGAUGAUAACAUCCAAGAUACUGAGGCAUGCUAGACCUCUCCUCUCCUCUAACCUCACAUUAUACAAUGGUGGAAGUCGCCUCCUACCAUCACUUAUGAUGGGAGCAGGCCUUCAAAGGUCCUGCACCACGACUUCAAGUUCAACAAAUGCACCUAAUCAAUCAACUACAACAUCAACAACAACAUCAACAAACAAUAGUGGACAACAAGCAUUCAACUCUACCAAACAGGAUGAGAUCAACUUGUUCAAUAGCUUCGCGGCAGAGUGGUGGAACCCUGAUGGACCUGUGAAGCCUCUGCAUCGAAUGAACCCAAAGAGAGUCAAGUACAUUGUGGAUAGAUUGAGAUUGGUCGGACUGGCAUCAGACAGUAUACCAUCACCACUGGCAGGCCUAAAGAUGAUCGAUGUUGGUUGUGGAGGUGGUCUGCUCACAGAGUCGCUCAGUCGCCUGGGUGCCGACGUCGUCGGAAUGGAUGCAGCAUGCAACAACAUCACAAUGGCCACUGCACAUGCCAAACAAGAUCGUGUUCUUCGUCAGAACAUUGAACAACAACGUCUAAGAUACAUGGACAGCACCAUAGAGAAGCAUGCCGAGACUCAUCGCGAACACUACGAUGUAGUCUGCUCUCUCGAAGUUGUUGAGCACGUUGACAACGUUCCAGAGUUCAUCAGACAAUGCUCAAUGGUGUUAAAGCCUGGCGGUAGUUUCUUCUUGUCAACGAUCAACAAGACUUUGAUAUCUUAUCUGACAGUGAUAUUGGGUGCAGAGUAUAUACUUAGGGUCGUACCAAAGGGAACACAUCAUUGGGAUCAGUUCCUCACACCCGAUCAGAUUAGAGAGUAUCUGGCUAACAGUCAGGUCCAAGUCAAGGAUGUCAAGGGUAUCCUUGUAAACCCAUUGACCAUGAACUUCACAAUAGACGAUACAGACUACAGCUCCAACUACAUACUACAUGGAGUCAAACAACAA